GUAUGUCAUGGAUAAUUUGACUAUAAGAUGAAUGACUCAUCUCGAACAACUCCGGAAGAUAUAUUCAGUCCAGAUGUCAAAGACACUUCCAUGUUCAAUAUCUCCUCAUCAGAGGACGAUGAAAAUGAAUCUAAUGAUGAUAUAAAGCAAUCACCAUCAAAGACUAAAUCACCACAACAAAGCAUUAAAAAGGGUAAAAGCGCAUCGUUUGUUAACCCAGUGAGAGAUAAACUGUUUAAGCACAGAAUAGUGGAUGAUGAUUUAGGCAAACAAAUAGAGAAAUCAGAUCGCAUUUUAUCGGAAAUUAAUAAAAUAUUUGAAGAAUCUAUAGCAACACCAGAACUCCAAAGAGUUAGUGGCAAUAUUGAAUCAGAAGAUAUAGAUUUUGAUGCUAUAGAAAAUGCACUAUUUAGCGAUGAUCCACCAUCAAAUAGUGGCAAAAAGUCAAAAAGUAAAGAUAUCGCAAAAAACACAAUUGUUGAGGGUAAGAGGAAAAGACGAAAGCCUAAACGAUAUGGGCUUGAUGAUGGAGAUGGUAUGGAUUUACUGUUAGAUGAUGAUGACAUAGAUAUAUCUCAUUCCAACGAGGACCAAACAUAUAUGCCAAAGCUAAGAACGCGACUGAAUAGAAGGAAAAUAAUAGAUGAUGACGUGUUCGAACUUCCAGAUGGGACAUCGAACCUCCAUCAAAGUAUACCAGUGAAAACUACAAGAGAAAGGAAAACAACCAGAAAACGAAAUACGGCUAAAAAGGACAAUGGUAAGGUUAUAUACCUUGAAGUGUCCCACGUAAACCAAGGUAGCUUGGAUCCUAAUCUUCAAUAUACAUUGAAUGGUCAUACGGCAGCAAAUUCGACAUCUAUCAAUCUGGAUAAACCUACAGGCAUUGAUGACACCACGAACCAAGAUGAUGUUGAUAAAACGUUCUGUCUCAAAUUUACAAUACUAGAUGAAAAUCGUUCCAUUAUCAAAGACAGUAGACUGGAAAAGGUAUAUGUAAGACAAAAUGAAACUAUUGGUGGUUUGGCAGCUAAAUUUGGAAAAAUGUACAAUUUGGAUGAAUGCAAAUACAAUGAUAUCCAGGUAUACAUCGAUGGAGACCCGCAACCACAUCAUAUGAUAAUAGGAUACCCAUUGCUAGGAGUGGAAGAUGAAAUGCAAAUUGAUGUUCGAUUCCCUGCUAAACCCCUAGAUAUACCUAGCUACAUCCAGGAGGAACCAAAAGAAAUACCAGAGGAAAACCCAGUGGAACUACAAACCGAUGACAAUGAUCCUGACUGUGAAGUGCUAUUCACAACCGAAUUGGCCGGCGUUACACAUAAUCAGGAAUCCACACCAAAUGAUAUAGAAGUUAUAGAAAUUGAUUAAUU